AGAGAGAGAGAGAGAGAGGUCAUUUGUAGCAUCAUGACCACCAUAUAUAACUUUAAUCUAUUAAGAAUAUAUAAUUUUUUUUUUCUUUUGAAAAUAGUAAGAAGAUAUUUAUUAUAAAUUAUUUCUUUUAUUUUUCUUUGUAAUAUAGAUAGAGAUUAGAGAGAGAGAGGGAGAUGGAGAAUAAUAAUUGGGUGGUGUUUGUGGGAAUGGUUAUGGCAAUUGUAGCACAAGCAAGCAAUAUGGUGAUAACAAAAAUGGCCAUGUCUAAUGGAACUAACAAGUACAUCAUGCCUCUUUACUCUAAUGCCAUCUCUUCUUUUAUUCUUCUUCCUUUUGCCUACUACUUCCUAUUUUAUUACCCAAGAUCUUCAGACCUCCCUCCCUUGACCUCUUCCAUAGUCUGCAGAUUCUUCUUUCUUGCCUUAUUUGGGUGUUCAGGACAGAUAUUUGGUUAUGUGGGUAUUGACUAUAGCUCUCCCACACUUGGUACAGCCAUGCUUAAUCUCAUCCCAGCUUUCACUUUCAUUCUUGCCAUCAUAUUCAGGAUGGAGAGUGUAAAUUGGAGAAGCUCAAGUAGCCAAGCUAAAUGCUUAGGGACAAUAGUGUCCAUAUCAGGAGCAUUUGUUGUGACACUCUACAAAGGCCCACCAAUUAUACAAGAAUUUUCUCUAAUACCCAAUUUACCCCCACAACUUCUAUCCUCAUCACAAUCAGAAUGGGCCCUUGGAGGUCUUUUCCUUGCAACAGACUGUUUUGUCUCUUCUUUGUGGUACAUUUUGCAGGCAUCAACUCAGAAAAGGUACCCAGCUGUGGUAUUAGCAGUCUUAUAUCAAACCUCAUUUUCAGCUCUAAUGGAUGCACUCUUUUCUCUCAUUGUAGUCAAAGACACAAGUGCUUGGAAGCUAAAAUUUGACAUGGGUUUGGUUGCAAUUUUGUACACAGCAAUUGUGUCAACUGUGAUACGUUAUACACUAAUUACAUGGUGUGUGUCAAAAGCUGGGCCUCUAUAUUGCUCUAUGUUCAAGCCUUUAGGGAUUGUAUUCACUGUUCUCAUGGGUGCUAUCUUCUUAGGAGAGUCCCUUUAUCUUGGAUGUUUUAUAGGAGCAAUUAUAAUUGUGAGUGGAUUUUAUGGGGUGAUGUGGGGAAAGGCCAAAGAAGAAAAGAUGGAAAGAGAGAGUUGUGGUGAGGUAGAUGAAGCAAUGGCACAUGGUUCUCAAUCAUUAUUUGAUCACAAGGCCCCUCUUCUCUCAAACAAAUAAUUACCAUUAUAGUACAAUAUCAUCACAUAUGAUCAUUUCAUAUGAGACAUAAGUGUACAUGUAUAUAUAUGUUUCGACACAUUAAUGAAGUGUUUCUUAUUACUUGUA